AUGGCCAGCGCAUCGUCCGAAAGCGCCCUUGCGAGCGUCAUCAAUACCGCCGAACUCCUCGAAAACAUCCUUCUACAUCUCCCGCCUGCAGAUGUCGUGCGAAGUCGCCAGGUGCACAGUAUUUGGAAAGAAGCUAUUGCUGCCUCACCAGUCCUCCGUCAGCACAUCUUCCUCGACCCGAAGCCCCUGAAGGAGCUCAUUUUCUUCGAUGGGGAGCCAGGGUCUUUUAGCAGCGGAAGCUGUCGACUAUCCCACAAUCUGAAAGACCUCUCGGAGGGCGGUCACCGAGUCAUAUCGCUCCAUCCAGCACUGGAAAAGAUCGACGCUGUCGGCCUCAGUUGCUUCGAUUCUACGCACAAGUCAGUCAGCUUCUCUCUCGACCUGAGGCGACUUUACAAAUCAGCUCCCGGCGAGUGGCGUCACAUGUCCGCGACGAACCCUCUUGUCCCGCGCGUCAUUGUCGCUGUGGGAGGGGAGCCGGUGUACAUCGUUAGCACUAGGGAGGGUGUCACCAUGGGCGAUCUCUUCGACAAGGUUAUGGAGCUUGAUGAUGGGCUGUUGAGGUACUCCACGAGGAUUUGGGGAGAGGUGCCGCAAUGCGUAUCGGAUGACAGUGGGUGGGUGAUCCAAGCAAGGAAGGCAGCAAGAGCUGAGAAAUACGACUCCUCGAGGACCUCAGAGAACGCUCCGUCAGCUGUGUCGCUUCAGGGUGGUGGCGAAUGGGAGGCUUUUGGGGUGGAAGAGUUCGGUGUCGACGAGUUUGAAGCAGACGAAUUCGGAAGCUUUGAUCUCGAGGAUGAUGGCUACUACGAUGAGUACACCGAAGGAUACUAG